CACAAGUCAAGUACAGGGGUGACAGUCUAUUGCUUACGGUAUGUCUUUACAUAUUUCAGCAAUAAUGCGCUCGGCCGGUAUCAUCCUCCUGUGCAACAUGUUAGGCCUUGUUCAUUCAAUUACGGUGACCAUGCCAGCGCGGUCAGUCAACGUCACAGAGGGGGGGACUGUGCUUCUUGCUUGUAUGUUUACAACCACAUCCCCAACCACAAGCCUGGUGGUCCAGUGGACUUUCAAUGAAAAGCAAGGAACUGGUCAGCCUCAACAGGUUGUGUACUAUCAAGGUGGGACCACAGUCUUUGGUCAUGAGUUCCAAGGGAGGGUGAAGCUGCUCUCUAAUCCAGCAUUGACAAAGAACGCCACGAUAUCUAUUGACAACAUGCAGCAAGACGACACAGGAAUGUUUACCUGUGAAGUGGAUAAUAUUCCUGAUAUUGAGGGGAGAAAUGAGAUGACCGUUGUUGUCAAUGUUCUGGUGAAGCCUUCAGUUCCUUACUGUUCCAUUCAUGGAGAAGUAGAAACUGGUCAUCGAGUCACACUCAGCUGCCAUAGUAAAGAGGGAAAUCCACCACCCACCUACACCUGGACAAACAUGGAGGCUGGGGCGCCCAAGGAGAUUAAGGGCACUCAAGAUAUCAAGAAAGGAACCUUGGUAAUUCAGAACAUCUCUGAGGUUCAGUUUGGAGAAUACCAGUGUGUGGCAUCUAAUGGUGUUGGUGCAGGUACCUGCAUGAUCGAUCUGAGUGAAGAGAUUAACGAUGGAAUCAUUGCUGGAGCUGUCAUUGGUGCACUUUUGAUCUGUGGCGCCAUUGGCCUCCUGAUUUGGGCAGUCACUCACCACUUGAAGAAAACACACAAAAUGAAAGUGACCAAAAGUGUUAAAGAGAGCGAGAUGCAGCCUAUGAAAGCAAGCAGCGCAACACACCAAGGAAAGGAGGAUGGAGACGAGGAUCCAGCCGUGUAGGAGAAUCCUCCCAAAACCACAAACACCAACUUUUUUACACAAUGGAUUCUUUAUGUCAUGAAAUGUACUUUUUGGUGUGGGGUGUUUGUGUGAACAAAAGUCAUUUUUCACUAAUAAUUUCAAAACAAGGUUGAAAAAUACAGCAGGGUAUAUCUGAAAGUUUGUAGGUUUUUUUUAAAUCAUCUUGACUUGUGUGAACAGGGACAUUUAAAAGUAAUUAAAAAUAAAAUGCUAAGAAAUGUAAAGUAAU